ACAUAAUAUAUAUUUAUGGUUUGGCGUUUAUUUAACACUUGUUCAUAUUAUUUUAUUGUGAUUAUUGUUCUUUCUACUGAAAUCAUUGUAUAAAAUCAGCGAAAAUGGCACUAAGAACGUACGGCGAUAAGCCGAUAAGUUUUCAAAUUGAGGAAGGUGGAGAAUUCUAUUGUGUAGGCUCUGAGGUUGGUAAUUAUUUGAGGCUGUUUCGUGGUUCCUUAUACAAGAAGUACCCUGGCAUGGCCAGGAGGACUUUGACAAAUGAGGAGAGAAAACGCCUUAUUGAUAAUGGUUUAGGGCCCCAUGUGCUCUCUAGUUCUGUAUCUUUGCUUAAAGCUUCGGAAGUUGAAGAUAUCAUUGAAGGGAAUGAUGAUAAAUACAAGGCAAUAUCAGUUAGUCAGGAGUUGGCCACACCUCGGGAGGGCAAGAGUAAGAAGCCACAUAAUCCAUCAUGGCUUCCUGUUAUGCCCAAUUCUUCACAUUUAGAUGCAGUGCCUCAAGCUACACAGAUCAGUAGAACCAGGGUACAUAAUAAGAAGGUAAGUAUAAUUUUGGAUUGGGGUGAACAGGUGAAAUGUUAGUUUUUUCUCCAAAUGCUCACGUUACAUGCAUUUGGUGCACCAUGCUGACAAACAAACAAGAUUCUGGCACCUGAUUGAUAUCAGAAAAUCCAUCCAAAAACAACCCAAACUCUGCACAACUGAGUUGGGAGGGAAUAUCACCAGUGGAAAAGUAUGAAACUAUCUUUGCCCUAUGUGCUAACUAUGGGCAAAUUGUUUAAACAAUGCUUUCUGUCUAGCAAAUUUUGCCUAUGACCAGCCGUGGAUUAUAAAAUCUGUUAAUGUGUAUUAUCAUAUACCAUGUAAUGGCACAUAAGUAAGUAUAAUGAAUAAUAAACAAAUAUAACCAUAUAAGUUAUAUCUAUCUAUGUACAUAAAAAUGGAAAUUGAGAAAUUUAUUUUGCCAUUUCCUCUCCUUUCAUAAGGACCUAAUUUUAAAAUGAUUGAAAAUUUAGUAGGUUUAAAUAAAGCCAUUGUACAAACAAAUUUUAUUUUCUUAUGUAGAUGAAAUAAAGAUUAUAUAAAAAAAAAUAUUUAAUUUCAUUUCAUUACUGGUAUUUCUUUUUGAGAUUUAGCCUUUGACACAGUUCGACCAAUCAAGAGAAAAGUUGACACAUUUAUGAAUUUUUUAUGGAGGUUUUUAUGCUAUCCACUUGAUAUAAAAAGAAAUUUUCUCCGUUUGUUCUGUAUGCAUUCCUAUAUCAUUCAAUUGAUUGCAAUGAAACUUGACGCGCGCAGACUUGACGACUUCCAGCCUCCCGAACAAGCCGGUUUCCGAAAAGGCUUUAGCACCAUAGACCACAUAUAUACCCUUCGGCAAAUUGUACAGAAGUCCGAGGAGUACAAUUUGCCACUAUGUCUGGCGUAUGUGGACUAUGAGAAAGCCUUUGAUUCCGUCGAAAUUUGGGCGGUGCUGCAGUCCCUUCAGCGAUGCCAAGUUGACUGUAGGUAUAUCGAAGUGUUGAAGUGCUUGUACAGUAGGGCUACAAUGGCUAUCCGAGUACAGAACCAGAGUACGAAACCUAUCCAAGGAGGUGUAAGACAGGGUGACGUCAUAUCCCCGAAACUCUUCACCGCUGCAUUGGAAGACGUUUUCAAGCUUCUGGACUGGAAAGGAUACGGUAUCAACAUCAAUGGCGAGUACAUCACUCACCUUCGAUUUGCCGACGAUAUAGUCCUUAUGGCAGAAUCGCUGGAGGACCUAAGCACUAUGCUCAAUGACCUCAAUAGUGUUUCCCAACGGAUAGGUCUUAAGAUGAACAUGGACAAAACAAAGAUCAUGUUUAAUGUCCAUGUCACACCUAUGCCGGUAGUUGUUGGGAACACUAAGCUCGAAGUUGUUGACGAGUAUGUUUACCUGGGACAAAUAGUCCGACUAGGUAAGUCCAACUUCGAUCGAGAGGUCAAUCGACGGAUUCAACUCGGUUGGGCAGCGUUCGGGAAAUUACGGCACAUCUUCUCGUCAGGUAUACCUCAAAACUUGAAAACGAGACUGUACACCCAGUGCGUGUUGCCAGUGAUGACAUACGGAACUGAGACGUGGUCCUUCACUGCUGGCCGGAUGAGGAAGCUCAAGGUCGCUCAGCGAGCUAUGGAGAGGGCUAUGCUCGGAGUUUCUCUGCGUGAUAAACUCAGAAAUGAGGAUAUCCGCAGUAGAACCAGAGUGACCGACAUAGCCCAACGGAUUAGUAAGCUGAAGUGGCAAUGGGCCGGCCAUAUAGCUCGAAGAACCGACAACCGAUGGGGAAGAAAGGUUCUCGAGUGGCAGCCUCGUACCGGCAGGCGAAGUGUAGGGCGUCCCCCCACUAGAUGGAGUGACGACCUGGUAAGAUUUGCAGGAAGUCGAUGGAUGCAGGUGGCUCAGGACCGUGCUUUGUGGCAUUCUUUGGGGGAGGCCUAUGUUCAGCAGUGGACUUGUGAAGGGCUGUAAUGAUGAUGAUGAUGAUGAUUGCAAUGAAACUGGAGUUGCUGUGUUGCCGCCUGCAAAGAUUUCGGACAAAUAAUAGAAAAUUAAGGGUUAUUUGUUUGUUUGCUGGAUUUUUAGAUAUUCCUAUACCAUACUUAUAAUAAUAAUGAAACUUUGGUGACUUGUAUGUCUACCCUCAAAGGUAUUUUACAAAAAAAGGCAAUGUAUGCUGGGCAUUUCUAGUAUUAAUAAAGCUUGGCUAUAUAAUGUCUUCAAUGUAUUCCAUAGAGUAAUUUUAAUGUAACUAUAUUUAAUCUGUUAAAUGUUUACUAACUAAUGUUAUAUUUGCAUUAAAGUUUGUCUUACGUUUCAAUUGUAGGUGCGCACAUUUCCUCUAUGUUUUGAUGACACUGAUAUGACUGCGAUGUUGGAAAAUGCAUCACAGAAGCAAAUACUGGUUCCAAUAAGACUUGAUAUGGAGAUAGAAGGCCAGAAGCUUAGGGACACCUUCACUUGGAACAAAAAUGAAUCAAUAAUAACACCAGAACAGUUUGCUGAAGUGCUCUGUGAUGACUUAGAAUUGAACACAGUUACAUUUAUACCGGCCAUAGCAUCAUCAAUCCGACAACAGAUUGAUGCAUUCCCUAGUGAGCCACCUGCAAUUCUCGAAGAGCAAACUGACCAAAGAGUCAUUAUAAAACUAAAUAUACAUGUUGGGAACACAUCCCUUGUUGAUCAGGUUGAAUGGGAUAUGUCUGAAAAGGAAAAUAAUCCAGAGCAGUUUGCAAUGAAACUGUGUGCGGAGUUGGGUUUGGGAGGCGAGUUCGUCACCGGCAUUGCCUAUAGUGUAAGAGGACAACUGGGUUGGCACCAACGGACUUAUGCUUUUAGUGAAGCACCAUUACCUACUGUUGAGACUCCUUACCGCCAGCCUUCAGAAGCCGAUCAAUGGGCUCCAUAUCUGGAAACUCUUACAAAUGCCGAGAUGGAGAAAAAGAUACGCGACCAGGACCGAAACACGCGACGAAUGCGGCGACUCGCCAACACUACGCCUGAUGUGUCGUUGAGUCGGGCUGUCAACCGGCUGAUACGUGCCGACGAGGCCCUCUUCCAGACCACGCCCGAAAAGAGGAGGAAAAAGAUUUAAUCGCCCAGCGCUUGCCGAUAACUUCUCGCUAUUUUCAUGCUACGGAACUUAUAGUUAAGGGUUAUAAUUGCUUGACUUAUGAAAGUAGUGUCGUAUAGUUUUUAUUACUACGUCUCUACAGAGUAUGUACUCUAAUUUUAUUAGAAUAUCAUGAAUUGUAGUUUCAAAUUAGUAUGUAUUGAAUGAAUGAGAACUAUGUGAUUGUUAUACUUGGAAUGAUACUUUAAUUUCAUAAUGCUUUCAUCUUUCAAAAUAUACAUUAUUAAUAACUUAUUCUAAGUAAUUUUUAUUCUUUUACCGCUGGUUCGCAAAACAAAUUCGGCCUGAACUUCCUUCCAACUUUUUUUUAGAGUUCUUUCCCCAGUGAUUGCAUUACUUAAUUGUUAAAUGCAAUUUUUAGUUCUAAUUAAACAUAUUCUCGCUGAUGAAACUUGCGUAUUUGAGGAAAAAUGAGAAUUCAACCAACCUUCACUGGAGCAUCGAGCGGAAUAAGCUUUGUUAUCAUUAUCUCACUAAAAUAAUAGGAGUGGCCUGAAGUUUAUAGGCUGUACAAACUUUUUUACACACUAAUAAACAAAAGAGUGCAUAACCAACCUAAUGGUUAGUGGUUACUGUAGUCCACGGACACUUGUACUUCAAAGACUUGCUUUGUCGGCUUAAUCCACCCUGAGGACCAAAAUGGAAUGCUUCAUAGCCUGUAAUUAUACUGGCUCUCCAUAUCGUUCAGACCGGAGCAACAAUUAAUGAAGACUUUAGAAGCCCCAGUAGCCCAAUGGCAGGGCGUGGACCGCGAACUCGAAAGGUCGUGGGUUCGAAUCAGCCACUCGACUACUGUCGUGAACCACUUCUAACACAAGCAUUUUAACCUUACCAGAAGUGCUUAAAGGGAUUAUUAGUAAUGUUUAAUAGCAUUACUAGUAUUUUUAUUAUAAAAAAAAAUACCUACUACUUGUUCAUAGAGUGGUACCAAACGAGUCGAUCUCCUAGAAAAGAAGUUAACUUAGUAAAACUGGUCGUAGUUUAGCAAAAAUUAUCUAUUAUAUGUUACCCAAUACCCACACUCUACUAAGAACAGAUUACGUAAGUACAUUUGUUAAGGCAAAAACACUUGUAGCAAAAACAUAAACAAUAAUGCUACGUUUAGAUGCUCACCGAGCACGAACAUGUAAACAUCUUGUUCUGGUAUGCUCGCUGCUCAUCCUCAGUACUUGCCUGUUCUCCACUCGACUCGUGUAUUCAUAUCGGUGUUUACAUAUUCGUCAUUAUUCAGGUGACCCGUGAAUUAUCAUUAUAGUUUACUUGGCCAAUCUACCGUUAAAUUUUCUCUACUACCUUUGAAAAAAAUAUAUUAAAAAAAUUAAGUGUUUUCGGUUCAGCUAUAAUUAAGAAUUUCACAAGAGUGAAACUAAUUUUAUAUAAUCUACUUAUACUGUUUGCUAUGCUACUGCUGGCUUUUCUUCAUUUUUCAUUUUAAAUAAUACUGAGACGUACGUUAUUAAUGUUUAAAACAUCUACGUUGAAUGAAUACAGACUAAUAUGUGAACGUGUCGCACUUGCCCACGAAUAACUUUACAAGUUAUUCGGCGAGUUGUUUGUCCGAUAAUCUAAACGUUCCAUAAAUGUCAAAAUUAUAAACUAAUAGUAUAUCAAUAUUUCAAAAGAAGCUUUUUGUGAGUUGGAUUCUUUUUGUUUAUAGAUGUUCACUAUUAGUGUUAUUUUUUUUAUUAAAAUUAGAUCUGUGGAAUGGAUCUGUGUAAAUGCGACUAAUGUCGGUUUACAUCAUGUAAGAUAUCGUCUAUUUUAUUAAUUUUUAUAGUUUUCCCGUAGACAGAAUAAUAGUUCUCUAUCUAUGAGUUUUCCAUUAGCGAUUGUAGUAAACUAAGUUUCUUAGCCUUGGUUUGUCACGCACGCCGAACGCACUUUCUGUGCUGAAAGGUAUUUGGCGAACCAUCAUAUUAUCCAUGUCAUUAGUAACGGAUUACAAUACUUAAUUAAAGGUAGAUAUUUAUGUAUGUUAUCUUUUGUUAUGAGCCAUAAAUGACAGUAGUGAGGUAGUAACAUUGAGUAUUACAUUUUUGCGCUGUGAUAUAUAAUACAGCUGACUUUUUUAUAUUCAUCAUUCAUCUUUUACAUAGAUAAUUGUGUAUAACUAUUACUACAUAAUUAUAAUAAUAAUGUCGUAAAUUUCUUUUCAGCAAACUAUUUUGUGUAAGAAAAUAAAUAUAAUCUCUG